UUCGAUCUGAGAAUCGUGUAUCGAAAGAAUUCACGAGGUUUGUGGUAAACGACGAAGAAUCACGGAAUUGUGUAGAACAGUGAACUGUUAGUCCCUUCGUCCAAUUCCUCGGCUUGCCUGAAGUCAAAGCAAGUGCGCCAAGAUCAUGGGAAAUGUGUUGGCCUCGUCGAAACCCAUCACUGGUCCCGGUGGCUUACCUCCGCCGAUGCCAACAGAAGCGAUACCCGCCGCAAGCGAUGGAACCGGCGUGAGUGCGGGCAGAUCGGCGACGGAAUCUAAACCAUUGGACAAUCCUGGCACCAUGGAGGAUCUUCACAAGAAAUGCAAAGAUGUGAUGCCAGUAAACUUUGAAGGAGCCAAAUUAAUGAUCAACAAGGGACUGAGCAAUCACUUUCAGGUGUCACAUACGAUCAACUUAAAUUCCUCGAAUACUAGCGGUUACCGUUUCGGCGCCAUGUACGUCGGUACGAAACAGCUGUCCCCAACGGAAGCAUUCCCCGUUGUGCUUGGGGACAUUGAUCCUUCGGGAAACCUGAAUGCAAACAUUAUUCACCAGUUGACUCCGCAGGUUCGGUGCAAAUUUGCUUCUCAGAUCCAAAGCAGUAAGGUCACUGCCGCCCAACUAACGACGGACUAUAAGGGAUCGAACUACACGACCUCGCUUACCGUUGGUAACCCAAAUCUAAUCAAUAACUCUGGUGUCAUUGUGGCACACUACUUACAAGCCGUUACCAAUCAUCUGUCUAUGGGAGGCGAAUUUGCAUACCAGUAUGGUCCAGCAGUUCCUGGUGGACAAAUUGCUUUAAUGUCAGCGGCAGCAAGGUAUGCCACCGAUCUUUUCACAUGGUCCGGGACGGUCGGGGCGGCCGGAAUUCAUCUCUGUUACUACCAGCGUGCCAGCGAGCAGUUGCAAAUCGGAGCUGAAGUGGAGACCAGUUUUCGCAUGCAGGAAGCCGUUGCCACUAUUGGCUAUCAAAUUGACCUACCAAAGUCGGACCUUGUGUUCCGAGGAAUGGUGGACAGCAACUGGACGGUUGGAGCCGUCUUGGAGAAGAAGCUACAGCCCUUACCUUUCACUUUUGCUCUCAGUGGUUUACUGAACCACACAAAAAAUCAAUUCCGGCUCGGGUGCGGAUUGAUAGUUGGCUAGAGAGUUGCCAACGUGAAGAGUGAAAGUCAGUCGUCUAGUGCUUGUGGUUGCGGUAGAAGAUAUUUGAUUUGAUCAAAAUAAGCAUUUCCGGAGAAUCCUGACACAUUCUAUGCAGAAAGACUGGGAGGGAGAAAGAAGCAAUAUGCUCUGGUGUGGCUGCAUUAGCAACAUCGAUGAGAAGACAUUAUGAAUUAUGCUACAACAUACAACACUACCCAGGGAAAGUAGCAAACAAGUUACUUGUGAGUAAUAGCAGAAAAUACAAUGAACAAACUAUUGCAAAAUAUAGUAACAGAAAGAUUUAACAGAGUCAUCACCCUGUAGAGGGAAAAGCAAAGUGCUCCUAUGAUCUAUCCCCGUAAACUUUGUUUUGAUAAUGCUGGUAAGCAGCACUACAUAUGAUCUAUCUUGGAAUAAUAUGUUGCUUGUUUCUCGUCUGAAACUGCCCACGCCAUAGUGUGUCAAGUCAGAAUAAACAAAUCGCGAAUGCGAUCCACAAAAGUAAUGCACAUCGUACCUCACAGUAAACAUCAUUGUUCAGUUCGGAAUCAUCGCCUAGUUAGUAUAAGGAAGCGAAGUUAUUUUUGCUUCAUCGAACAGUCAUUCGGUUUUAUUAAAAAGCGAAAAACACGACCAGCUUUUGUUAUUCAC